AUGUUAGAACUUUUACCUAUCGAUUUUACAUUGACAGCAUUGUCAAAAACAAUCUUAGUCAUUGCUACGAACAUGCUACUCGGUUAUGUAUGGUAUUCACCGAAGUUUUUUCAAAAACAAUGGCUACAAGCAACACUAUGGAAAGAAGGUGCUGUUUGUGAUAAAACAUCCAUUCUGAUGUCCAAUGUUGGAACUUUAUUCAAUGCAUUUCUAUUGAAUAUAUUAUUGAUCGCUUUCGAUAUUCGAAAACAUCAUUUUCUCAGUGCUGCACUAGCUGCAGCUAUCUUAUGUGGAUUUUAUACUUUCAAUGGUUGGAAUUAUGUGUUUUUCGGAGAGAAAUCCGACUACAAACGACGUCGUACAUUGUUUUUAAUUGAAAUUGGUUUUACUUUUGUACUUUAUACUCUUGUAUCGUUUAUAUUAGUUGGUUUUUAA